CCUGCAGGGUGCAGAUGUGAACUGCAUGCACGGGACGCUGAAGCCGCUGCACUGCGCCUGCAUGGUGGCUGAUGCCGACUGCGUCGAGCUGCUGCUGCAGAAGGGAGCAGAGGUGAACGCUCUGGAUGGCUACAACCGAACAGCCCUUCACUACGCCGCGGAGAAGGACGAAACGUGCGUGGAAAUCCUCUUGGAAUACGGAGCCAACCCCAACGCCCUGGACGGGAACAAGGACACCCCGUUGCACUGGGCAGCCUUCAAGAACAACGCGGAGUGUGUGCGGGCGCUGCUGGAGAACGGGGCCCUGGUGAAUGCCCUCGACUACAACAACGACACGCCGCUGAGCUGGGCUGCCAUGAAGGGCAACCUGGAGAGUGUCAGCGUCCUGCUGGACUUCGGUGCCGAGGUGCGUGUGGUGAACCUCAAAGGGCAAACCCCCAUCUCCCGCCUGGUGGCUCUGCUGGUUCGGGGCUUGGGGACGGAGCGGGAGGAUUCCUGCUUCGAUCUUCUGCACCGAGCUAUCGGACACUUCGAGCUGAGGAAAAAUGGGAGCAUGCCCUGGGAGGUGACCAGGGACCAGCAGCUCUGCCAGAAGCUCACCCUGCUCUGCUCGGCCCCGGGGACGCUGCAGACGCUGUCGCGAUACGCCGUGCGCCGCAGCCUGGGCGUGCGGUUCCUGCCCGAGGCCGUGAAGCAGCUCCCUCUGCCCACCUGCCUCAAGGAGUACGUGCUGCUGCUCAGCUGAGCUGGGACUGAAGGAUGAGGAUGGUUUGGGACCCGCGGGUGCUG